GAUGACGUUUCAUGUAUUCGCUUUUUUCUUAGUUUCGCUAGGCUGGUAGUAUUAACUAUUAGUAUCUUGUAGUCUCAACUCUCAAGUCUGUGUCUGUGUGAUGUGUCUUAAAAAUCAUCUAAUUCUCUAAAGGUCAAGGAUAAUAUGUUUUUGUGAAUGUGAUAACAAAAAAUGUUAUAUAAUAGCUUCAAACGAUGACGAAAGUGUCAUUCUUAGGGUCGACGAAGGCAAAGGUAAUACUGGGAACAGUGUUAUCAUUACAUCUGGCUAUAUAUUUUGCCAAACCGUCGCUCUUCAAAUCUGAAAACGUUAAAAGUGCUCAAGUCCAGGACACCCCGCCUAAAUAUUUACCAUAGCAAAGAAUAUGUAGUUAGUACAACCAUUAGUUUGACAUUGGACAAUGAAAAGUAGUGUUUGACCUUCACUGACACGCGGAAGAAAAUAGAUGAAUUAUAUAAGGAAGAUCAGCUUAACUAGUAGUUUAGUUCGAAAAAUUACUGCAAUUAAUUUUGUUCGAAAUAUGAGUGAAGCCAGUAAAUUCCGAGUAUUUAUAACUCGAUCUGAUAUGCCUGAAGUGGGUGUGGAAUUAUUGAAAAAACAGUGUGAUGUUACAAUAUGUGAGACUCCAUUACCAAUUUCUAGAAAAGAUUUACUAAGCUCUGUAUCUGGGGUUGAUGGCAUAUACUGUUCUCUUAAUGAGAAGAUAGACAAGGAACUUUUGGAUACCGCCGGAUCUAACUUGAAAGUUGUAACAACAAUCUCAGUUGGGUAUGAUCACAUAGAUGUGCCAGAAUGCAAGAAGAGAGGAAUCCGCAUUGGCUACACUCCUAAUGUACUAACAGAUGCAACUGCUGAAUUAACUUUAGCACUCUUGUUGGCUACAUCACGCCGUCUCCCGGAAGCCAUGCAUGAAGCACAAACAGGUGGAUGGAAGUCAUGGGCUCCAACCUGGAUGACAGGACCAGGCCUUGCAGGUGCCACUGUUGGCAUUGCUGGAUUUGGAAGGAUCGGUCAAGCAGUAGCCAGACGUGUUAAAUCAUUUAAAACUUCUAAGAUUCUUUACUUCAAUCGCAGUGAAAGACCAGAAGCCAAAGAAAUUGGGGCUAUCAAAGUCAGUUUUGAAGAAUUAUUAGUGCAAAGUGAUUUUGUUAUUUGCUGUGCUGCUUUGACACCCGAAACAAAAGAGAUUUUCAAUAAAGAUGCAUUUAAUAAAAUGAAAAAGACAGCUAUAUUUGUUAAUACCAGUAGAGGAGAUUUAGUUGACCAGGAUGCUUUGAUUGAGGCCUUACAAAACAAUACUAUUAGAGCCGCUGGUUUAGAUGUGACUACUCCUGAACCUCUUCCAUUGCACAGUCCACUGUUUAAGAUGAAGAACUGUGUUAUUCUACCGCACAUUGGUAGUGCUGCUAUUGAUGCCCGUAACACAAUGAGUGAACUUUGUGCUAAAAAUAUACUUGCUGUUCUAAAUGGUACAGAAAUGCCAGCGGAAUUGAAAUAAUUACUUUAAGCAAAAAUAUUUUGAUAUUUUAUUGAAUGUUGCAUUUUAUGUAUGUAAUUUAUUAAAAUUAUAUCUUUAAAUAAAUAUAAUUUUACUGAUACAAA